AUGAUCACAAUAUUAUCGAUGGUAGAUAUAAUGAUUAUGAAAUUACUCGUAGAUAUUACUUUAUUUAAUCCUGAAGUGAGAAAAUGGAUACUCGGAGCCGGAAUAUUCAAUAGUAUUAAAAAAAUGUCACAACUUGUUAUUCUUAUACUAUAUAUCAAGGACGUAGGAUUAGAUACGUUAUUAAUAUCGACACUAAUUACAAGCAUUGCAAGUUUAUUAUUCA